AUGAUGGGGAUGCGCUCUAACGACAGGUACCGGAGCCUCGCACCCGGCAGCUGGAUCGGAGGUCCCAUGGAUACCGUCCAGUUCAACAGCAACACCGGUUUCGUUCACGGGAAGCCGUAUGGCGCUUGCCAGAUCCUACGUUCGUCUACUACAUGCAAGUUGUGUGUGGUAUUGGCGCGAAGAGUUGAGGAGCAAUCUUUCCGUGGACAAGGUGGGCUCGCAUCGGCUAUUGUGUGGGGGCCGGCGGGAUGAAUCAACCAGGUUAGUUUUGCUGAUAAUGUACCAUAGUGUGACACCCCUGAUGGGCAUAAGUACGAGCCGUUCGUAAACCGGCAGUGACUGAUCGAGCGUCGGGGUUAUUCCUGCCCCCCUCCCCCUGCGUAUGGACUAUGACGCGCCACAAGGCGACGCAAGUGGUGACGACCGUUCAGCUGAGAAUCAUGUAUUUUAACGCUGCAACAAUAACACAC